UCAGCUGGCGUUCGCCGAAUUUUUUUGUUGACAAGUGAAUUGAAGUGGUUGGUGUUUCAGAUUUAUUUAGUUUAAAUUGGAAAUAUUUACUUGUGACUAAAUUGAAGCUUUAAUAAUAAUCUUACAGAGUUUAUUUAUUUAUUUGUACCAUUAUACUGUUCAAUGCUUGCCAGGAUUGUGAACUCUUUGCCACUCGGCCUAUCUCAACAGAUAACGAAGCUCUAUUUUCAAGCUUUGGUCCGCAACCAACGUGAAGCUCACAGCGCUAUUGAGCAUCUCCAGUACAAAAACAUGGAUGUGAAAAUUCUGCCCGCCUUGCAAGACAACUACAUGUACCUCAUUGUGGAUAAGGCCACAAAAGAGGCUGCAAUCGUUGAUCCCGUGGACCCUGGUGCUGUAUUGAAGGCUGUGGAGGAACAGGGUGUGAAUUUGACAACUGUGUUGACUACUCAUCAUCAUUGGGACCAUGCAGGAGGCAAUGCUGACUUAGUGAAGCAGCAUCCUGGUCUUCAAGUGUACGGUGGAGACGACCGCAUAGGUGCCUUAACCAAGAAGGUUCAACACAACACUCGGUUCAAUGUUGGGAACCUAAAUGUGCAGUGCCUGUUCACACCGUGCCAUACGUCAGGUCAUAUCUGCUACUUUGUCUCUGCACCAGAAGAGGGAAAUGACCCAGCAGUUUUUACAGGUGAUACUUUGUUCCUGGCUGGAUGUGGGAGGUUCUUUGAGGGUACAGCUGAUCAGAUGCACCAGGCUCUGAUAAACAUACUCAGUGGACUCCCAGACCAAACCAAAGUGUUUUGUGGCCAUGAGUACACUUUACAAAACCUGAAGUUUGCAUCUCAUGUAGAACCUACCAAUGAGGAGAUUAAGAAAAAGAUGGAGUGGUCUAAGGAUAUGAGAGAGAAAGGCAAACCUACAGUCCCAUCAACUAUUGCAGAGGAAAAGUUAUACAACCCAUUCAUGAGGGUAAAUCAAUCUUCAGUCAUGAAGUUUGCCAAAUCAAAUGAUGAGAUUGAAACCAUGAAAAUUAUUCGCCUCCACAAGGACAACUUCAAAGCUUGAAAAAUAUAUUAUCAACAAUGGAAUCGUAGGCAUUUGAUUUGGGGCACAAUAUAUUUUUAUUUUAUUGUUGUGGAUUUUUGUUAUGAAAUAAAAGUUAAAAUUUUACAAGUA